GGGGAAAGGGAGAAAGAGAGAGAGAGAGAGAGAGAGAGAGAGAGAGAGAGAAUCAGCAGUGUGUGUGAAGGAUCACUCUUAUCCCGUCUUGUCUUGAGGGGAGACCUACCGAACCUCGUCCGGCCGAGCAUUCCGUGGAACUGUUUUAUGUUGUUGUUGUCGAGAGAGACGGACCCUUACUCCAGCAUGCUCACUGAGCCUGAGCUACCUCAGGAGUGUAACAGGAUGUCUUCCAAGCGACCAGCCUCUCCAUAUGGGGGGACAGAUGGAGAGGUAACCAUAGCAACCAGCAGACAGCGCGUGGAGGAUGAGGAGAGUGAGGGACUGGGUGGCGUGAUCCACCUCCCCUUGGCCUCCUACUGCAGCAAGGUGUCCCCGCGCUCGCCCCCCUUUCGGACCUUGGACAGCCCCCCCAACAACACGGAUCUGGACGGUUCCAAGGGGAACUCCCUCAGCCCUUACGCCCUGCACAAUGCUACCUCACCGGGCAAAGACGAAGGCGGCGCCGGAGGUCGGCCGUGCGGCGACGGCGGCUCGGCCGCGGGCGCCCUGGGAACCCCGGAGAGACGCAAGGGGAGCUUGGCGGACGUCGUGGACACACUGAAACAACGCAAGAUGGAGGAGCUGAUCAAGAAUGAACCAGAAGAACCUCCCAGCAUUGAGAGGCUGUUGUCAAAGGACUGGAAGGACAAACUUUUGGCCAUGGGCUCAGGGCACAUUGGCGAUAUUAAAGGUACCCCGGACAGCCUGGCGGAGAAAGAGCGCCAGCUCAUGGCCAUGAUUGGCCAGCUGAGCAGCCUGAGGGAGCAGCUCCUGGCGGCCCACGAGGAGCAGAAGAAGCUGGCCGCCUCGCAGAUGGAGAAACAGAGGCAGCAGAUGGAGCUGGCCAAGCAGCAGCAGGACCAGAUUGCCCGGCAACAACAGCAGCUUCUGCAGCAGCAGCACAAAAUCAACCUCCUGCAGCAGCAAAUCCAGCAGGUCCAGGGCCAACUCCCGCCGCUGAUGAUUCCUGUCUUUCCCCCGGACCAGAGGACCCUGGCGGCGGCGGCGGCCCAGCAGGGCUUCCUCAUGCCUCCCGGCUUUAACUACAAACCCGGCUGCAGUGACCCGUACCCUCUCCAGCUCAUCCCCACCACAAUGGCCGCAGCCGCUGCAGCCACACCGGGCCUGGGACCCCUUCAGCUCCAGCAGUUGUACGCGGCUCAGCUGGCGGCCAUGCAGGUCUCGCCCGGGGCCAAGCAGCACGGCCUGGCCUCCCAAGCCAACCUGGGCACGCACUCGCCGCCCACCAACACGCACUCGCAGAGCGACAAAGGCCGCAGCUCCCCGCAACCACACAAGACCAAGGACAGUGAGGGUGCACAGCCACUGAACCUGUCGGCCAAGCCUAAGGCAUCCGAGAGCAAGUCACCCAACUCCCCCCCAACUUCCCCACAGGUCCCUGUUGCCGCUGCCGCCAAGCUGGGCCCCGCCGGCUCCAUGAAGCACAGUGUCGGCCCCUCCAGCAUCGGAGGACCUCCGGCCAGAGUCAGCUCGAUAGCAGAUUUGCUGUCGUCGCUGUCCUCGGGCGCCUACCUGAACGACCACGAGGCCGUGAGCAAGGCGUUUGCCGAGGCCCGCCAGAUGAAAGAGCAGCUCAAGCGGGAGCAGCAGGUUCUCGACGCCAAGGUGGCUGCCGUCAGCGGCCUCGGCCUCAACAACGGGCGCUCCGACAAGGACAAGGCGGCUUUGGAAAGUCUGAGCCAACAACUGAAGCAGCAGGCUGAGGACAAGUUCAGCCACGCCAUGCUGGACUUCACCAUGAGCGGAGACUCCGACGGCUCCCCGAGCGUGUCCGACUCACGGAUAUUCCGCGAGGCCCGGGGUCGCGGUAGCAGUGAGCCGCAUAUCAAGCGACCCAUGAACGCCUUCAUGGUGUGGGCCAAGGACGAGCGGAGGAAGAUCCUGCAGGCUUUCCCCGAUAUGCACAACUCGAACAUCAGCAAGAUCCUCGGCUCGCGCUGGAAAGCCAUGACCAACCUGGAGAAGCAGCCGUACUACGAGGAGCAGGCGCGCCUCAGCAAGCAGCACCUGGAAAAGUAUCCCGACUACAAGUACAAGCCGCGGCCCAAGCGCACGUGCCUGGUGGACGGCAAGAAGCUGCGCAUCGGCGAGUACAAGGCCAUCAUGCGCUCCCGGCGACAAGAAAUGAGGCAGUACUUCAGUGUGGGGCAGCAGAGUCAGCUGCCCCUGUCGUCGGCAGGCGUGGUCUACCCGGGCGCCCUCUCCAUGGCGGGCAUGCCGUCGCCCCAGAUGCCCUCGGAGCACUCGAGCAUGUCGAGCAGCCCCGAGCCCAAUGCCAACCACCACCACCACACCUCGUCCCACUUGGGGGGCCUGAAGGGCGACGAGCCCCGCGUCAAGGAGGAGGAGCUGCGGCUGGACGACAGCAACGGCGACGUCUACGACGACUUCGACUACGAGGACGAGGAGGCCGACUACGCCAGCGACAACGAAAAUCACAUCGCUCAAUAGGAGGAACCGGGAAGUCAGUCGCCCUUUCGCCACCCUUAUUCCUCCCAUGCUGACUCUCCGCAGAGCCGAAACCCCCCCUCCCCGCCGAGUCAGCCAGCAUCCGACCAAUCAGCCGAAGCGUAGGACUGUCACCCACCACUGACUGUUACACAAUCUGGGAGGAAGACAAAGCCAGCCGGCCCCGAGGAGCAUCCGAGUAUCUCGUCGCCACGGGACGUCGCUCCCGGGGAGAAGGAAAUUAAAAAAAAAAAAAUUGAAAAAAGAAAGCGACCUUUUAAACAGUUUGUACACAAAGAAGCGUCGCUAAAACAGCGGACCUGUCACGGGCCAAAACAAACGACACUUUAAAUAUGGCGGACCUUUUUUUCUUAAGAGACACUUUUUAAAAGAGAAAAAAAAAACAGCUUUUUUUCCCCCCUGUUCUCGGUUCUAUAAUAUUCUCACUCAGGUACACGGUGCCAAUAAGUGGCUUGUGAAUGUGAUUUGUUGGAUUUUGUUUGUUUGUUUUUCUGUGCUCAGUUUGAAUAAUAAUAGAAAAAAAAAAAAAAGAGACAUUUUUUUUCCAACCCGAGUUCGUCGUGAAGCACCUGAAAGACGCGUAUGUUCAUUUUUAACGACAGCAUAAGAGAUCUUACCCCGGGGGAAUUGCAGUUUUUAAAACUCCCCCGCCCCCAACCCCAACCACCCAAGCACGGACAUGGAGGGAUUGAUUUUUUGGGUUUUUUUUUUUUUCCUUUAUUUAUAAUUUUUGUGGGUGGGCUUGACGACAAAAAGCACUGUGUUUUGCGAGACAAUCCACCUGUUCUGAUCUCGCUGAGUCCCUCCGUGAGCUGUACAGCAGUGCGACGCAGUUGUGUGUGCGUGUGUGUGUGUGUGUGCUGCGUGCAUGUGUGCGUGCGUGCAUCCAGGUUUUCUGUGCUUAAAAUUUAAAAAAUAUAUAUAUAACUGCUGUCUCACACACAUACACGCAAACAACUGCUAUGUCCCCCCCCCCCGCUACCCCCCUGCUGACCUAAGCAGGCCGCCAGUCAGUGUUUCCGUUUUGUAUUUGAAUACUGUAUUUUUUAUUAUUUCUCUAAACUGCCUCUAUUCUAAUAUUAUUAACAAUAAUUAUAAGGAUGGUCAGCUAUGUUUAGUAAGUUAUGUACAGUAUAAUUUAUUUUUCUUCUCUAUAUCGGGUUUCUAUGACAUUAUUUUAGCUUGUAGGUAUUAGAUUUGAAUGACCCCCCCCCACACACACACACACACACACACACGCACACACACACACACACACACACUUUUUUUUUAUUUUGAUUUUUGGUCCCCUUUCGACUUUUUCAGAUGCUUGGUAUUAAUCCGCUGCAGGGUGGGGUUUCGACGGCGCCUUGUCGGACAAGCUGAAGACUUAAAACCGUCCGGAAAAACCCAUUUCAAAGAAGCACUCAGACUCUCUCGCCAGAGAAAAGAAGAACAUGAUAUUUUUAUUGUUAUAAAUAUUGAGUUUAUUUGUAAUGCUUAUUCUAAAUGUAUAAUGUGAAGAUUCCUCCUUUUUUUUGUUUUUUUAAACGCCCCGAUGUUUACGAGCUCGGCCGGUCACGCAGUGGAACAUCAUCGGCCACACACACACACACACACACACACACACACACACACAAGAGAUUAUUCAUGACAACCAAACAAGUCAUAUGCUGUCUUUUUUUCAUCCAUUAUUAUUAUUAUUAUGAUUUUUAUGUUUAGAGCAAAUCCUGUACAUAUGUUUUAUUUUUUGUGAUAGUGGUUUGUUUUAAUCUUAGGAAAGCAGUGUUUACCCCACCGACGUUGUUCCACUGUGUGCGUACGGCAUCUUAAACUCCAUCAGGAGCCUUUUUUUUUUUGGGUAUCUUUUAUUAUUGUUUUUUUUUUUUGAAAAAAAAAGCUCCACAGAGCCAUGACUUCUUCUCAUGACUUGACUUUGCUGUACAGCCAGCCCUGUUAUCACGUCACGAUGCUGGAAGGAGGUGGGUGAGCCGUGGGUAGUGGGGAAGGGGGACGGGGGCGGGGGGGGCAUUAGAACGUCAAUCAUCCCUGCUGGCAAGGUCGGGCCCCCCCUCACCACCCCACCCCUUAAUGUAAUCGAGACAAUGAAGAAAACGAUCGUAUUAUUUAAGACAAUCAAAGUCAUGAGUGGAGCUCAAAGUCAGAAUUAUUACAAAAUAAAAAAUAAAAAUGAAAAAAAAAAUGCGAAAUAUCUGACCAUCUCAACUUGAAAAAUCAAGAAAAAUAAUUAUGUAAAUAUAACAUAGAGUUAUAGAUUUAUAUUUUGUUCAUAACACAGUGUAAUAUAAGUUGUAUAUUUGUUUCUUUUCUCUCCUCUCUUUCUCUUUUAUUGAUGUUUAUCCAUGCCACGAGAGUCGUGGUACUCUCACACACACACGCACACACACACAAAAACUAUUGCAGAAACAAUGAAAAAAUUGAGGGAAAAAAAAAAAGCUGUGGGCUACCGCCACCAUCUGUUCUAAGUUCACGUUUUUUCAGUAUUACUGCCAGACAAGGCUCUAAUAAAGACAGCAAUGU